AUGGUAAUCUCUUAUUGUAAUAUUCGUAAACAGUUUUAUGUUACUGAAGAAAUGACUGAUGUAAAGUUAAGAUCCUAUAAUAAUCGCUCAAGAACAAGUAGUGUUAAUGGCUCAAGAACAAAUAGUGUUAAUGCAUCUACCGAUGCCAAUUUAAAACAAUCAGAAAAAACUCCUUGUAAAGAUGCUAAUAGUCUAGAAAUCGCGAAAAGUUUAAAAUUACUUUCCGCGAAAAUUGCGUCAAUGGAGAAACAAUUAAGUGAAAAUUCAAAACAGUUUUCCAUAAAUAUUAAAAACCUUGAUGAAAGUGCUUCACUCUUUCAGGACGAAAGUUAUUGGCAAAUUAAGAUUAACUCUCAUUUAAGAUUGGCCAAAAAGUAUUGUGAAUAUAUUCAUCUUAGUUAUUCUUCGGCUGUGAAGCAUGACAUUGAAUCAAGAUGUUGGAAAAUUGCGUUUUACUCGUUAAUUGAACAAUUUCGUCAAGCAAUUUCUUUGGAACGACGUCAAUCUUCAAAUAAACCAUCAUCAUCGUCAUCUACUGUUAUUUUAAGUCAAUUCAACAUCUUUUUAGAUGAAGUUGAAAUGUUUUAUAAAAAGUUAAUAAAACUGAUUUCUGAAAACUCGAAGCUUAGUAGUAAGCAUUUGGAGAGCAAUAAACCUCCAAGGUGGAUACGUUGUAUAGGCUGUUUGGGGGACAUUGCUAGAUAUCGUUGGUCAUAUUGCUCGGAAGAUCAAGAAAAGAAUAAACAAUUCUGGGCUGAAAAUGCUUCUCGAUGGUAUCGUUUAGGAAUUCAACUCAAGUCUAAUAAUGGAAAACUUUAUAAUCAUUUGGCUAUUCUCGCGGGACAGGAUGAGUUUAAAACAUUAUAUUAUUAUUGUAGAAGCCUUAUGGUUGAUACUCCCUAUAUGGCCGCUCGUGAGCCACUUAUUUGGUUAUUCGAAUCAAAUCGAAAACGGUUUGCAAAUCUCGUAACAAGUAAUAAUAAGCAAAAGCAAAAAAGCCGUACUUAUAUGCAACGUGAAAAUUUACAUUCUUCAAAUAAACGAUUUGAUAGUUUGAAUAACCAAUCAAUUGAAAGCUUGUAUGUCAGAUUACAUGGAAUGCUUUUUACUAAAGUUGGACUCGAGUUUUUUGAUCAGACUCUAGAAAUCUUUAUGGAUAAAUUAUUCAAAUUGAAAGACAUCCAGAGUUAUAAUGAUACAAAUGGGGUACAGUGGAUGGAAUUUUGCAUGCGAAUGGGAGUUAUUAAUAUAUCAAGCUUAUACAACUAUGGCAACACCGAGAAUUCGUCUCUCAGGUCAACCACAACAACUGAUAUAGAUUUUAAUCAAAUUUUGGAUUUAGAUCCAACAUUUGCUGAAGAAUCUAGGCUCACUUUUGCUGUCAUGUAUCAAUUCUUAUCUAAAUAUCUUGAUCCUAUAUCAUUUAAGGGUGAAGUCGAUGUUUCUGAGGGCUUGCUUUUAUAUUGUGAGAUUGUGUUGCUUUGGAUGGUAGCUAAUGAUGCUUUUAAUAAUUUUGCUGAUAAAUCUAAAAAUUGUAUUUGGAGAAAAUUUUUGGACAAAUCUAUUUGUCCUGAUUUUUGGGAAACCUUGGUUCGAUUCCUUACAAAAAUUGCCCAUCAAGUAUCUCCAUUUACUAUAAAAGAAAUUAUAGAAUUUUCAUCAAACAUUGAAGAUUCAAAUUCUGUAGAUCGUCUUCGUCCUCCUCCAUUAACUGAAGAUUGGGAAUUACGUGGUAUUUCUUGGCUUCAGUCACUUUAUGAGCCUUAUAUGUUUGAACAUGUACCUAAACCAUAUAUAAAAUUUGUGGAUGAUGACAUUGAGGUUAUCAUUAAUAAUAUUAAUGAUAAUUUGGACCUGAUUUCUGAUCAAGAUUCUAAAAGUCGUCGUAGAGCAAGGAUUAUGGAAUUGGGUUAUCUGUUAACUAAGAAAAUCAUUGGUUUAGAUUUUAAUAUUGAAGAUUUCACUUUUACGUCUUCUUUAAAAUUAGUUGAUGAAAUUUCUGACAAGGAAAAUGAACAUCCUUCAAAUUUAUAUACUGAUGAUGAAACUAGUCAUGUUACAACGAAAUCUACAGAUUUUGCCGAUAAUGAACACAUUGAAUUAGAAAAUCUUUUAGCCACAACUCGUGAGAGUUUCCGAGGUUCCUCAGCACAAAAAUUUUCGUCAAAGAAUUCCAAAAAGAAUACUUCUCACACAACGAAAAAGGUUACACCUUCGCCUUCUAGAAUUGCUGCAGGAUAUACUACAAUUGUAAUCGAUACCAAUUGCCUUAUCGGGGAUCUCGACAUGGUCAAAAAAAUCAUUCAAAGUGAUAAUUGGGUGGUGGUUGUGCCUUUGGUUGUUAUCACGGAAUUGGAUGGGUUAAAACUUAACCCACCCCCUCUUGGUACUGCAGCAUCCGAAGCGAUUGCUUAUCUUGAACAAGCUUUAUCAUCGUCUAAAAAACUCAGAGUUCAGACAAGUAAAGGCAAUUAUGUAUCUGGAAUUAAAUUUAGUGAAGAAUUUGAUUUUGGCGAUGGUGAAGAUAAAAAGAAAAAUUUGGAUGAUCUUAUUCUUGGCAUCUGUCUGUGGCAUACCAAAAAUCAUGGGGAUAACGGUUUUCAUAGCAAAACAGAAAAUGGAAGCGAUAAUAAUGAAGCCGUUGUAUUGCUUACAAAUGAUCGAAACCUUCGAGUCAAAGCGCGUGCAAGAG